GUGGUUAAUUCACGGGUAAGGGCUUCUUGGGAAAGUUUACUUGAAGAAACGAAACCACAAAUCGAGCCAAAUUAGACUUAUAAGCGUGACCACGAAAAUUUUGUAUACACAAUUGUAUUAAUAAUAAUAAUAAUAAUAAUAAUAAUAAUAAUAAUAAUAAUAAAGAUCUGCUGCAAAUGCCUAGCGGAACUGCAGUGUUUGAAGUUGUGCGAUUCCGGUCGUCAAACCUGCGAGCCUCAGAAAAAGUCAUCACUGCUCCUGGAAAUAGCUCAGACAGGAAAGGUAUUGAAAUGAGGAUAAAAGGAGACCCUAAUUCUCGCCCAACAUCCAGUAGCUUGAUGAAAGGAAACACAACCAAAUGAUCGUGAGCAAUAGGAAUAGACUGGAUGGAGCCACCCUCCUCCUUAAAUUGCUGUUGGUGCUAAUCCUGGCGGGUGUGGUAGUUAGUGAAGUGGAAGACAAAAACGUCUGUGCAUCUUGUCAUGCAAAUGCUACAUGCUUCUUGCAGCCCACUAACAAGUACAUGUGCACCUGUAACUAUGGAUUUGUGGGAAAUGGAAGGACAUAUUGUCAAGACAAAGAUGAAUGCCAGCUUGGAGCCAGUAAGAUCUGUGGAGAGCAUGCAUUUUGUCAUAACACACAUGGGAGUUUCUACUGCACGUGUUUUGAAGGGUACAGUGCAUCCAAUAACAUGUCAACAUUCAUUCCCAAUGAUGGAACGUGCUGUGUAGAUAUAAAUGAGUGCAUGAUCGCUGACAUAUGUGGGCGAGGAGGGCUUUGUAACAAUCUUCCUGGAGACUAUGAAUGUACCUGUGAGGAAGGAUAUGAACCAGAAAAUGGAACAGUACCAUUCCAUCCAGCCAAGAACCAUACAUCAUGUAAGGUUGUUGACUGUGGAUAUCCUCCACCUUUGCCUAAUUUGGUCAUGUACCCACAAGGUAAUACGACCUUUGGAAAUGAAGUUAUUUACCAAUGCCAGAAAGGCUUUACCUAUGAAAGUGGUAUAAAUACUUCAAAAUGUUCUGCUACAGGAAGGUGGGAAGGAGCAAGCUUGGUCUGCAAAGCAAUAGACUGUGGUAGCCCCCCUGUGGUGGCAAAUGGCAUCAUCAUAUCCAAUUCUAGUACUACAACACUGGGAAGUUUAGUAUUUUACCAGUGUCGAGAAGGAUAUUUCAGUACUGGAGGAAGAAAUGUUUCCAUUUGCACUGAAGAUGGUGCUUGGGAUGAACUGUCUAUAACCUGCAGAGAAAUCAGCUGCGGCAUUCCUUCCUCAGUCCCAAAUGCAGUGCUAAUCUCAAAUGGGUCGACAGUUUUUGGAAGUGAGGCUUACUAUCAGUGUAAAAGUGGGUUUCAUCGUGUAGCAGGAACUAACAAAACUGUCUGUGUCAGCAAUGGAGAGUGGCAAAAUGUUACAUUGGUUUGUGAAGAAACUGACUGUGGUAGCCCUGUUUUUGUGCCAAACGCAGAGGUAAUGUGGAAUGGUACAAGCAAAGUUGGUAGCACGGCAGAGUAUCACUGUAAGGAAGGCUUUUAUUCUGCAGGAAAGAAUAUCUCAGUCUGCAACUCUGAUGGAGAAUGGACAAAGCCCUCCCUGGUGUGCAAAGAAAUUGACUGUGGAAGUCCAAUUUUAGUUCCAAAUGCAGACCUAAUAUCAAAUUCCACAAGAUUUGGAAGCGUGGCACAUUAUCAAUGCAAAGAAGGUUUUUAUCCUGCAUCAGGAAGAAACACCUCUGUCUGUAUGGAGAAUGGAGAAUGGGAUAAUGUGACAUUAUUAUGUAAAGAUAUUGACUGCGGCAGUCCUGUGUUAGUACCAUAUGCAAAAGCGAUAAAGAAGGGAAGUACAACAUAUGGAAACAUGGUGAAUUAUCAGUGUAUAGAGGGAUUUUAUCCUGCAUCAGGAAGAAAUUCCUCUACCUGUAUGGCAAAUGGAGAGUGGGAAAAUGUCACAUUAUUCUGUAGAGAAAUUCGCUGUGGCAGUCCUGUACCAGUACAAGAUGCAGUAAUGCUGUGGAAUGGUGCUAAUGAAAUAGGAAGCACAUUGCACUACCAAUGUAAAGAUGGCUUCUACCCUUCAGAAGGAAGUAACACCUCAAUCUGUCUGGGAAAUGGAGACUGGGAAAAUGCCACACUGCAGUGUAAAGAAAUUCACUGUGACAGUCCUGUAUUAGUACCAGAUGCUGUAAUGCUGUGGAAUGGCUCUAAUGAAAUAGGAAGUACAGUGCACUAUCAAUGUAAGGAUGGCUUCUCCCCUUCAGAAGGAAGCAACAUCUCAAUCUGUCUGGGAAAUGGAGAGUGGGAAAAUGUCACACUGCACUGUAAAGAAAUUCGCUGUGGCAGUCCUGUACCAGUACCAGAUGCAUUAAUGCUGUGGAAUGGCGCUAAUGAAAUAGGAAGCACAUUGCACUACCAAUGUAAAGAUGGCUUCUACCCUUCAGAAGGAAGUAACACCUCAGUCUGUCUGGGAAAUGGAGACUGGGAAAAUGCCACACUGCAGUGUAAAGAAAUUCGCUGUGGCAGUCCUGUACCAGUACCAGAUGCAGUAAUGCUGUGGAAUGGCUCUAAUGAAAUAGGAAGUACAGUGCACUACCAAUGUAAAGUUGGCUUCUACCCUUCAGAAGGAAGCAACGUCUCAAUCUGUCUGGGAAAUGGAGAGUGGAAAAAUGCCACACUGCACUGUAAAGAAAUCGACUGUGGCAGUCCUGUGUUAGUACCUAACACAGUAAUCAUCUCAAGUGGUGCAUUUACACAUGGGAGCAUAGUGCAUUACCAGUGUAAUCAUGGGUUUUACGCAGUGUCAGGGAAGAAUUAUUCCGUAUGCAUGCAGGAUGGACUCUGGGAAAAUGUUACAUUACUCUGUAAAGAAUUUGACUGUGGCAGCCCUCCUGCAGUACCUAACACAGAUAUGAUCUUGAAUGGCAAAACAACAUUUGGAAGCUUUGUACAUUAUCAGUGUAAAGAUGGAUUUUAUCUGGCAUCAGGAAAUAAUUCUUCAGUUUGCAAGCAAAAUGGCCUUUGGGAAAAUAUUACAUUGAUCUGUAAAGAAAUCGACUGUGGCAGUCCUCCUGCAGUACCUAAUACAGAUUUGAUCUUGAGUGGCACAACAACAUUUAGGAGCUUUGUACAUUAUCGAUGCAAAGAUGGAUGUUAUCUGGCAUCAGGAAGUAAUUCUUCAGUUUGCAUGCAAAAUGGCCUUUGGGAAAAUGUUACACUGAUCUGUAAAGCAAAAGAAGGCAUUGAUGAUGUCACUCUGUUAAAUGACACAUGUCUGAAGUGGAAAAGACCCACAGGUCGAGAAGGACAGAAAGGCCUAUACCUGUUUCAUGUUUUGGGACACAGGCCAUAUCAAAAGGACUUUUUGCAUGAAAUGACCUUUAACUUCACCACAACAGAGAAGACUCCAAAGAAGUGCUUAGACCUUUACUUUGCUACUAACUACAACAUCAGCAUCACCGUAUUAUCCACAGGAGAUAUUAUCAAGCUUACCAUAAAGACGCAGAUAGCAGAUCCUCCUUUGCCACAGGUGGACUUUGUAAUCGUACAAAGCCCAGUAGCAACCCUUACCCUACGGAAGUCAGAUCUGAAAGAUGGUCCUGUCAGUUGUUACCAGGUCCUUGUGUUUCCACUUCAUUCCCUUACAUCUGUGAACUUCUGCAGUUUGUUGAGCACUCAGACCUUCUUCAGCAACACAUCAACCACUGAUGGGUAUGUGGCAGCACAGCUCACUCUUGAAGAAAUCAGUGAUCACUUCCUGUUUCCUAUUGGAGAUCGACAGUAUUAUGGAGAGUUUUACAAUGCCCCACUGGAAAAAAGUAUGGACUACUAUAUUGUUGUAAGGAUCAUAAGUGAAUGGGAUCAGGUCCAAAGACAUUCAUGUGCAAUUUGGGCACAGAUAAAAGGUUCAUCAAAGACAGUACAACAUGUAACCAUCGUAGGCCUGGGGUCCUUGGGUGUGGUCUUCCUACUGCUUUUCUUGUCUUUUUCCAUGGUGUGGUGUCAGAGCAGUUCUAAAGUCUACAUUAUAAAUAUUGACUACAGUGCGAGUCACAGAUUGUUGAAAGGAGGUGUACAGAAACAUGAGGAAUCACAGAAGACAGAGUUUGUUGCUGUAAGGCUUCAUGGUAUAGACUGGAAUGAUGGAAGUACUCUGAGCAAUGGUGAUACAAGCGAGGCAUAGUUCAUGCAAGGCUCAAUUAGUGUUUGGUAACCUCACUGGCUUUGGUUUACCCACUAUGACGUACAUGUCUAUUUGAAGAUAAUAACCUCUGAAUAGAUCAUGUCCUAUGAAGUUAUGAGGAUGAAAAAAAUACAGAUGGCAUGUCUACCAAGAAUGUAACUUGUUACACUGUGAAAAGGAGGGACCUUCUGUGGGAUGCCAUUCGUUAAGACUUUACCUCUUAUAAGAAGAAUGUGACUGAUUUUCCUAUCAAAAACUCUCUUCAAGUUUUCAUAUUUAUUGGCAGGAACAAGAUAAUGUUGUACAAAUUUUCCAGUGUAGAGUUUUAUAUAACACAGUACUGAUAUUUGCUGUAACACAGAAGUUUCAGACAAUGAUAACUCAUUGCUGUUGGGUGCAAAGGAGUUCAUGUAGGUAAAUGUUAUUCCUUCCAGGAUUAUAGUCCUCUGUUUUUUCUCAGUAGUAAAUGUGUAUAUCUAAUAUAUUUAUUGCCUAUAUUAUGAAAUGUAAUAUUAGCUAUUUUAUGAUUAGGAGAUUGUUAGAUGUACAGUUGAUUUAUAUAUGGUAUGUAGGUUGCAAACAUACUUGGCAGGUGUUUUCUUUAUCAGUCAGCAUAAUUCUUGAUCAAGGUGACCAUUUAAAAUAAGAAGCCAGGUCAAAGCUGGUGUAGGGAAACAAAAGAGAGUUCUACAAUCUGAAAAUUCAACAAAAUGGAAGUGCUAACUAUGGCAAGAUAUUAAAAAAUCUGCCUUUAUGCGGUUAUUAGCAGUUUACACACCUGAUAGUUCGACAUAUUUAUUAAUAGAAAGAUGUCUUAAACUGGCAAAGAAUCAGAACAAAUCAUUGACCCUAUUAAUGCUACAUGUUGGAUAAUUAAAUGGUUACGGUUUGCAA